CUGAGGGUAUUUACAUUGUAUCAGCUGUUUGGACGGAGGGUGGAGUGGGCAGCAUUGUUUUUAUCCUUAACUCUAUUUCCUCCACUCUGGGGCGUCACCUGUACCUGAGGAGCUGCAGCAGAGGCGAGGGGCGUCCGAGGCAGGUGUGGGGUGUUACAGUUGCUGGUGUGGACCAUGAAUGACAAGGUGGAGUUGAAUCAUGACACAGUCGGGCCAGACAGUCUCGCCCUAGAGGUUGGCCACCAACAGGACCACCACCAGCAGGAGCAGCAGCAACAACAGCAGCAACAACAACAACAACAACAACAACAACAACAACAACAACAACAACAACAACAACAGCAGCAACAACAAUUGCUGCUGCAAGAACAGCUGGAGCAGCAGCAGCAAGAACACUAUCACCAUCACCACCAUCACCAUCACCAUCACCACCACCACCAGUUACAACAACAUCUUCAGCAUUUGCAGCAUCUCCAGCAGCAGCACCAGCAGCAGCAACAUGAACAUGAAGGAGUUCUGCCCCUCAAAGCAGAUCAGAGGAUGGGGGAGGAGGGGCUGGGGCCGCCACUGCAGCCCGGUGAGGGGCAGCCUGGGCUGCCCAAGGAGCCGGGGGGGCUGCUGGGGCCAGGGCGGAAGGUGGGGGCCAAGAGCAAGUCCAGCAUGGGGCCACCGCCCCGGCCCUUUAAGAAGGCGCGGUACGCCUGGGAGAUCAAGAACUACGAGCACACGGUGAGCAACAUGGCACAGAGCCUGGGCGGCGAGUGCUCUGUGGAGCUGCAUGAUGACUCCCAGGACUCCCAGAGCAGCGAUGUCAAUAGUGACGGCAGCCAGGAGGAUGGCGCCCCAACCGCCCGUGACGACCUGCCCGUUGGUGGCCUGGACCGGGCUUCCUUCAUGGACCCCAGGGCCAGGGCCAGGCCGGACCUCAUGCCCCCCAUCAUGCCAGCCCCUUAUCCCACUACCUAUGGCAUGAUGGCUGCUCCUCCACCCCCUGAGGCUUGCCCCCCACCUGGUGAGGGCCCCAAGGAGGGGCCACCCGUCCCGCCGGACCCUGAUGCGGGCAUCCUGAGAUGGCAUGCACGGCAGUUGUGCCGCAGCAUCCUGGACAACACCAUGAACCGCAUGCUGGAGAACAUGGGCUUCUCCCCCGUGACGGAGCGCUCCCAGGGCAUCCACCCACUACUGGUGCUGAGCCUUAGCGAUGAUGAGGAGCGUGAGGCAGAGGAGGCUCAGCGUGCUCUGGAGAACGAGGCGCUGACAGCUGCUAUGCACCACAAGGGCCUCUUCCUGCCGCCCUACCACUAUGACCCGCUGGAGAGCGCCACCACCACCGACUACGACUCUUCUGAGGAGGACAGCGACUUGCCCGAUGAUCCUGGCCCUGAUGACCUGCCCCCACACGACCCCCCACUACGCCUGGCCCCUGCUGUGGCCCGCCCCCUGCCCCGGCCGCCUGAGGUGCAACCUCCCUCGCCUCGCCGGCCCACCCCACCACCACGGCCCCCUGAGGCGGACUGCGAGGGUGAGAGCCAGGAGGGGAAGCCUGACCUGGACGCCAACAAGAACAGCACGGCGGGUGACCUUAGCCCCUGCCCUGAGCCCCCACACCAGGCCCCGAUGCCUGCCCCGGCCUCCACUCCCACUCCAGCUCCCACCCACACCCCGACCACCACCCCGGCUCCUGUCCCUGUCCCACAGGAGCCUCGUGCUGAGGCCCUGAAGCAGCCGGGCCGUGAGGCGCAGCACAAGGCGGAGAACGAGAACAACAACGACAAGUACUUCGUGGACCAGGCCAUCGAGGUGGCCAUCAAGCACCAGGGCUUGGGCUACCAGCAGGCGUGAUGGCCCGGCUACCACACCCCCGCUGACCCCACCUGGCCCCACAGUCCCCCCCGGCCUGCAGCUCGUAGCAUAGUCCCGCCGGGAACCUGGAACGGUGUCGUCUGUCAUAAUAUUAUGCUUUUUAUAUUACGAAAAGUGACCGUCAAAUUGUUUGCUGGCGAUGUGUAGCGCUCCGGACACUCUCCACACGGCCUUGUGUCUCCUAGUCUGUUUGCAGUCAUUCGUUACGUUCCCGUCUUUGUUUCCGAGUCAUGAUACUCAUUACCUUAGUGUGCAGCGGCAGCAGCAGCAGCCGAGUGAGGCAGUGCUGAGCUUUAAUGUGUUCAGGGUGUGGCGGGCGCAGCGAGGGACCGGCUGGCAGCACAGCAACACAGACACUCACACAGUAACACAGCAUCCAUUCAACAUUUUAUAGCCUCUAUGAACACACACACACACACACACACACACACACACACACACACACACACACACACACACACACACACACACACACACACAUAGCCCCUCUCUGCCCCCCCACCCAUGCAGUUCUCCUUACUUCUAUAGAUAUCACUUCAAUUUAUCAGAGUUCCUGGUUAAUUCAGAAAAGAUAAGACUACAUAGUGUUUAUUAUCAAAUCUUUCACAAUAUUGCCCCCCUCUCCCCCCCAAGCCCUUAACAUGUUUUGGUGUAAACCCCUCCCACACCCCCCAUUACCCUGUACCACACCCCCAAGAAAGAAGAGGAAAUGGGGAGGGAAGAAGAGGAGGAGGGGAGAGAAAAAUUAAUGUGAGAUGGAGAGAUAGAGAAAAAUAUGGUGUUUGGUAAUUGUUUUUUAUCUUUCUUGGGUAGUUUUUAGGGUUUUGAUAUUUUGUUUUUGAAGAAUGACUCAGUUUUGCUCCUCGCUUGCUUGUGUGUGUGUGUGUGUGUGUGUGUGUGUGUGUGUGUGUGUGUGUGUAUGGCUAUGUAUGUGUGUGCUUGUUCGUGUGGAUGUUCACCCCCUCUCCUAACCCUUUCCUCAUAUCCCCACUGUCAACCUAAACAAACAAGCAAAAAACAUAAAAAAAAAAGAAAGAGAGAAAGAAUCUUAUAAUAUUUCUAUACCAUAUCAAAACCCUUCAUACAAAACAGCAUUUAUUACAUGUGUAUUGUGAUGGAGAAGAAGAAUUAUCACCUUUAUUAUUAUUAGAGUUAUUAUUAUUGUUAUUAUUAUUAUUAGUUGAAAAAUGUAAAGGUUAUGGUGCGAAGGGGUUUAAUUAAUAGAGUUUGUAUUGUCAAUAGGCUGGGACUGACUGAGAAACUGUGUGUGUGUGUGUGUGUGUGUGUGUGUGUGUGUGUGGCAUUUAUUCAUUGCUUCCUGACUGGCCUGAAUGAGUUAUGCUAUUUUAUCAUUGUUGCUUUAGUUGUUUUUGUUCUGUAGCAUAUCUUUCCCGCCAGGUGAGAGAGAGAGAGAGGAGUGAGGCUCGUUAAGGAAUAGGUGUGAAGCGCAGGUGUUUAAUUGUGGUUUACAUAUUAAUUUUGUUUAUUUACAUCAUGGUUGGGCCAACUUUUCAGUGCAAGAGCUUCAUUAAAGAAUUCACAACUU